AUGUCGAGAUACCAAGCAAAGAAGAUUUUCAUAAUCGGUGGGACGGGUGCCCAAGGCGUCCCCAUUGUCCAAGAGCUUGUUAAAGAUGAAAAAUACACAGUAAGGGUCAUGACUCGAGACCCAGAAAAUCGACGAGCCAAGGAACUCGCUGCGUUGCCUGGUGUGGAGCUGUUCAAAGGUUCAUUUGCCAAUGAAGUUGACCUUACGAAUGGAUUCAAGGGCUGCGAUGGUGCUUACGUUAACAUUGACGGCUUCAACUGCGGCGAAAAGGCAGAAAUCUUCUGGGGCAUACGUGCCUACGAAAUAGCCCUAGAUGCUGGUAUAAAAUUCUAUGUCUGGGGGAGCCUUGACUAUACUUUGAAAAAGGCCAACUGGGACCCCAAGUUUCGCUGUGGGCACUACGAUGGCAAGGGCAGAGUUGGAGAAUGGAUCCUGCAGCAUGCGACUCCAAAGAUGGGUGUUGCUCUUUUUACAACCGGCCCGUACAUUGACAUGGUUCUUGCGCCUCUCACAAUCAUGACACCGAGAGUCAUCGAUGGCGUUGUGACAUGGUCAGUUCCGUUGGGAGUCGGAGAGGUCGCUCACGUAGCUCUCUCAGAUUGUGGCAUUUACGCUCGGUGGUUGUUCGAUAACCCAGACCGCGCCAAUGGCCUUGAUCUUGAAGUAGCCAUUUCUCACAUCUCAUAUAACGAGUUAGCUACCGCCUUUACAAAAGUGACCGGAAGACCUGCGCAGUACGUCGACGUGCCUUUUUCAACGUACUUCGAGAACUUUGUAUCUCUUGGCGCAAUGGGGUCUGUAAUGAGGAUCCCCAAUAUGAGUCUUUGGACAAAACUCAGAUUUGGCCUCUCAUUUUCUACUCAAAGGCCAUCUUCGUAUAAUUCCGAUCCUACCGACCCAAGUGUCAUGACGUUUGAACGCAACUUUACAGGCUUCUGGCACAUUUGGAGAGAAAGUCAAGGGAACAAGGGUGUCAUUACGAGGAACUACAAGCUUCUUGACGAAAUUCACCCGGGUCGGAUCAAGUCGGCAGAGGAGUGGUUUCGGAAAGAAGCCGAGAAGGGAGAUUUGUGGGAGAGAGUACAUAAUAUGGCUCCAAUUUUGAAGUGGAGCGAAGACGGUGCUGCGGGUGGAUUGUAA